GCAUAGUAUUUCUUUAAUAUUUUUUAUUGUAUACAUCUAUAUAAAAGUUGAUUUAGUUGAUUGGUUUUUAUUGUUUAUUUAAUUAUAAUUAUAUUAUAGUUUAUAGUUUGAUAUAACCGUAGACUAAAAUAGUAAAAUUUAAGCUAAAUACUUCGAAUCAAUCUUUUGUUCUGUUAUAAUAAUUUGACUUCAUAAAAUGGCGUCUUCUCAAGGAAAACAUAUGCCCAAAGACACUCAAAUUAUUGUGUCGAUUAUGAAAGAUUUGGGAAUUGUUGAAUACGAUCAACAAGUUCUAAAUCAUCUCUUGGAGUUUAAUUACAGAUAUACAACACUCCUUUUGGACGAUGCCAAGACAUUUUCAAACUUUGCAAAAAAAAAGAAUGUUGAUGCUGAUGAUGUAAAAAUUGCAAUACAAUUGGCACAAGACGGAAUAUUUUGUCGACCUCCUCCACGCGAUGUAUUAAUGACUGCAAGUCGCGAAGUAAACAAAAUACCAUUACCUCCAGUGAAGCCUGCCAGUGGACUGCGUAUUCCUCAUGAUCGUUCAAAUUUCUUACAAACAAACUACAGGCUCAGGAAUGAUUUGUAUUCUGGAGGAAAUAUGCGUAAGGCAGAUACUAAAACAACAGCUGCAGAAAUGUUGGAGGCAUCUAGAAAAAUAGAAAUUGAAGAUAACGCCUAUCCACAAUCUAGUCAAAUGAUGAACAAUUCAAUGGAGUUUGAUUUGCAAGAGAUGAUGGAAAAUCGUCAGAGUAGCCAAGAAAGUAUUGGAGAAAAUGUUAAAGAUGAACUUAUGGAUGCUCAGACAUAUCAAAACCGUUCAUAUUCUGAUAUUGCACUUGAUGAUAGUGUUGAAAAACAACUCAAUGACAUGUAAUUUAUCAUGGAUUAAAACAUUAUAAAAGCAUAAAGUAAUAUUCCUCUAUUAUUCAAUAUUAUAUUUUACAUUUUAUUUAUGGCUAUAAUUGAAAGCCUAUUAAAUCUGAUAAUAUUUAAUCAAUUAUAAUUUAUGUCUUAU